AUGUUCGUGAAGCCGGAGAGCCUGGAACUGAAGGAAGAGGAAGCGCUCCUGCUAGGGACCCGACCGUCGCCCGCGUCUUCCUCCUCCUCCUCCUCCUCCGCCUCCUCUUCAGCCACCCACUUCUCCUCCGGCUCCGAAGGGGAGGACGAGGAGGACGAAGAGCCGCCCCGCCCUCUCUCGCCCUCGGGGCAAACGGACGAGGUGGCCGGCGGGGACGCAUCAGCGCAAGUGCACCUGCACCACCUCGGCUUGCGGCGGCACGAAUGCAAGCGGCGGCCUGGCCGGGCGCGGAGCAGCAGCUCCCGGGCCACCAAGACGGUGGAGACGGUCCAGCGGCUCAAGAAGAGCCGCCGCCUGAAAGCCAACAACCGCGAGCGCAACCGGAUGCACAACCUGAACGCGGCGCUGGACGCCCUGCGCGAGGUGCUGCCCACCUUCCCGGAGGAUGCGAAGCUGACCAAGAUCGAGACGCUGCGCUUCGCCCACAACUAUAUCUGGGCGCUGACGGAGACCCUCCGCCUGGCCGAUCACUGCGCCGGAGCUGGCGGAGGAGGAGGAGCAGGAGCCGCGGCGGCGGCGGCAGCGGCAGCGGCGGCGGCGGCCGCCUUCUCCGAAGCGAUGCUCGGAAGCGCGGACUGCAGCCCUUCUCCAGCCUCCGCCUCCUCCUGGAGCUGCACCACCAGCCCCGCUCCCUCCGCCGCCUCGUCCGCUUACAGCUGUACUUUAUCGCCCGCCAGCCCCGGCAGCUCCGCCUCGGAGCUGGACUACUGGCAGCCCGAGAAGCCUCGCUAUGCGCUGUCCAGGGACUUGAUGUGA